AUGUCUGUAAUGUUCUUGAGGAAUGGCAGGUUCCUCCCAUGGAUAGUACUAUUGGUGAUGGUUUUUGAUCAGAAAUGGCUGCAGGGAGCGGCGGCGACGGCGGAGGAGGACUCAUCGGCGGCGGAGGAGGAUGCGUCGGCGCCGGCGCCGGCGCCGGAGGCAACCUGUGAUUUCUUUAAAGGGAAUUGGGUGGUGGAUAAAGAUAAUCUUAAUUACAAUUCAAGCAGUUGCCCCUUCAUUGAACGAACAUUCGAUUGCCGGAAACAUGGUCGGACCGAUCUAGAUUAUCUCACUUACCGGUGGCAACCCCAUGACUGCAACUUAAUAAGAUUCAAUGGGGGAGAUUUUCUAGAGAAAUAUAGAGGGAAGAACAUCAUGUUUGUAGGAGAUUCUCUUAGUCAGAAUCAAUGGCAGUCCCUCACUUGCAUGUUGUAUACAUCUAUGCCCAACCUAAACUAUACCUCAAUUAAAAAAGACAGUCUUUCCACCUUUACUUUCACGGAUUAUGGAGUGAAAGUGAUUCUUGAUUGGAACGCGUAUUUGGUAGACGUGGUGAAUGAUGAAAAAUAUGGUAGAGUUUUGAAGCUCGACUCUAUUGAGGUAAGUAGCAAGUUUUGGGAAGGGGUCGACGUGCUUAUCUUCAAUUCUUGGAAUUGGUGGGGGCGUCGAGGACCAUCUACACCAUGGGAUUACAUUAAAGAUGGAAACAAGAUUUACCAUGACAUGAAUACGAUGGAAGCAUUUGAGAAGGCUCUCAAUACAUGGGCUAAAUGGGUGGAUGACAAUGUUGACCCGACCCGGACUAAGGUCUUCUUUCAAGGGGUUUCUCCUCCUCAAUACAAAGGUGAGGGGUGGGGCGAACCAAAUGUUACGACAUGCAAGGGCCAGACCGAACCGUUGCUGGUUUCAACCUAUCCGGGACCCUUACCAGAAGCUCUAGAGGUGCAAAAAAAGGUUUUGAGAACAAUCAAGAACACCGUUACACUACUUGAUAUUACAAAUUUAUCGCUUUUACGAAAAGAUGGUCACCCAUCCAUAUAUGGUUUUCGUGGCCCAACAGCAAUGGAUUGCACUCACUGGUGCCUGGCGGGUGUUCCUGAUACUUGGAACAUCAUUCUUUACAAUUUUAUUAAAGUUAAUCAAAUGCUACAAGAACGGCCAUCUGAUGUGAACCAGCUUAUUCCAAAACUAAAACCUGUUGUGUGUACAACUUAUUAA